GGCCAUCUGCUGAUGUUGCAGCCGAAGCCACGUCAUAUUUUGUAUGCUUUGUGACUUAGGUGUGUGAAGUAUUUCUCGAUUCUCUUAUAAAAAUUACUUUUCAGCAACCGAAAAGAUGAACAUAUUUCGACUCUUAGGUGACUUAUCACAUCUCGUUGCAAUUAUCAUCCUCCUUCUCAAAAUAUGGAAAACACGAAGCUGUGCCGGUAUAAGUGGCAAGUCGCAAAUUUUAUUUGCGAUUGUAUAUACAACACGUUAUCUAGAUUUGAUAACAACAUACGUGUCAGCAUACAAUACAUUUAUGAAGAUCAUUUUUAUUGCAACUUCUUAUGUUACAGUUUUUUUAAUGUAUGUGAAAUUUAAAGCUACAUAUGAUCAUAAUCAUGAUACAUUUAGAAUUGAAUUUUUAAUCCUACCUACAUCGGUGUUGGCAUUAUUAAUCAACAAUGAAUUCACAAUUGUAGAAGUUCUAUGGACAUUUAGCAUUUAUUUGGAGUCUGUAGCAAUAUUGCCACAAUUAUUUUUGGUAUCAAAAACAGGAGAAGCAGAAAGUAUUACCAGUCACUAUCUUUUCGCUUUGGGGUCUUAUAGAGGCCUGUAUUUGUUAAACUGGGUGUAUCGUUAUUAUGCAGAAGAUCAUUAUGAUCUAAUUGCUAUAGUUGCUGGUUUAGUACAAACAAUUCUUUAUUGCGACUUUUUCUACCUCUAUAUUACCAAAGUAUUGAAAGGCAAGAAGUUACAACUACCUGCUUAGCUGCAUAGAAGUAUUAUCAUUUGGAAAAUUAUAUAUUGCUCAAACGAGCGGUAUUAUUAUUAAUUGAAUUUAUAUAAAUUUUGGCAAUAUUUAAAAAUCGAGGAAUGUUCAUGUACAAA